AUGGAUUGGUUACGAACAGGGCUAGACAUAGUUGAUCUAGUUGUUUUAACUGUCAUGCUGCUUACAACAAUUUACUAUUCUUGGAGGUUAUGGAUCGGAAAAAACUCUAAUGAGUUGAUAGAAUCAACUGUUUUGCCCUCUUGCACUUCUUCCGAAAUUUCAGUUGAUCGACAAACUUCAUUUGUUACACGUAUGAAGUCGGAAGAACGAAAGGUUUUAAUAAUUUAUGGUUCACAGACAGGAACAGCUGAGGAAUUGGCGGGUCGUCUUUCUAAGGAUGUCCAAAAUUACGGUCAGAAGGCUCUUUUACUCGAUCCAGAGGAAAUGAAUGUCGAGGAUUUUGAAAAAAUCAAAGAAAUUUCUGGUGUUCUUCUAGUAUUAUUCAUGGCAACAUACGGUGAAGGCGAUCCCACAGAUAACGCGCAGGAAUUUUACCAGCAUGUUUUGAAUACGGAACUCAAUUUAACAGGCGUUAACUUUGCUGUUUUUGGCUUAGGUAAUAAAACUUAUGGACACUUUAAUGAAAUUGCGAAAUAUUUCAACCGACGAAUGGAAGAAUUCGGUGCUACACGUAUUUACAGCCUUGGCCUCGGUGAUGAUGACGGAAAUCUGGAAGAGGAUUUUAUGAGAUGGCGAGAAGGCUUUUGGUCUGCUGUGACAAGUAUUUUUGGUUGGGAAAUUGCUGAAAUAGGUAUAGUGCGCCAGUAUUGCCUUGAAAUUGUAAAGGAUUUCUCCGUUAAAUUAUUUACAGGAGAGUAUGGUCGUCUGGGGUCAUUUGAAAAGCAAAGACCUGUUAAUCGUGAACUACACGGUAUUAAAAGUGAUAGAAGUUGUCGUCACAUCGAAUUUAUCAUCAGUGAAACAAAGAUGAGAUAUGAGGUGGGUGAUCACCUAGGUAUUUUUCCAACGAAUGAUCCGGUCAAGGUGGAGGAAUUAGGACGAUUGCUUGAAGCUGAUAUGGAUCUACGUUUCAGUCUGGUUAAUCUUGAUGAGGAAAACUUGAAAAAGAACCCAUUCCCAUGUCCAUGUACAAUAAGAACUGCAUUCACUCAUUACGUUGAUAUUUGUGCACCAGUUAAGUCGAAUGUCCUGAAAGCCUUAGCUCAUUUCACAAGUGAUGAAAAUGAGAAAGAACGUCUUUUAUUGUUAAGCACGGCGAAUGAGCAGGGUUUGAAGGAAUAUGGGAAUUAUAUUCAGAAGGAAAGGCGUUCUAUUAUUGACAUUCUUCGUGCAUUUCCAACAUGUAAACCUCCAGUUGAUUAUAUUCUAGAAUUGUUGCCGCGACUUCAGCCACGUUAUUACAGCAUAUCAUCAUCAUCCAAAUACAGUCAUGACUCACUGGCGAUAACAGUUAUUGUAACAAAAUAUGUGAUCAGCGAUCGAUUGAUUAAAGGAGUUUGCAGCAACUUUCUACUCCAAAAAGGCGAAGGCUCCAAAGUACCAAUAUUUCUUAGAAAAUCAACAAUGCGACUUCCACACCGACUGAAAACACCAGUUAUCAUGAUAGGUCCUGGGACAGGUUUUGCUCCAUUUAGAGGUUUUCUUCAGGAGCGGAGUUGGCAAAAAAAGCAAGGACAAGACAUUGGACCAAUGAUAUUAUAUUACGGUUGUCGGCAUCCGGAACAUGAUUUCAUUUAUGAAGAAGAACUGAAGAAGUUCGUAGAAGAUGGUGUACUUUCUGAAUUACACAUAGCCUUUUCUAGACUUACCGCAAAGAAAAUUUACGUCCAAGACAAAAUUUGGAAGAAUCGAGAAAAAGUGUGGAAAACUAUUGAGAAUGGUGGAAAUAUUUUUUUGUGUGGCGAUGCACGCAAUAUGGCACGCGAUGUACAAAAUACAUUUAUACGAAUAUUCAUGGAAAUUGGUGGAAAAACCGAAAUCGAAGCACAGAAAUUUCAAAAAGAUUUGGAACGAAAGCGAUGUUAUCAAACAGAUGUUUGGUCUUAA